UAAAAGAGCAGGAGCACCACUGACUCUCCGUUAUUUUUUUAUUUCAGAGAGGACACGUUUCAGCAUGGACAACAGGAUGCUCGGGACGGCUGCUUGUUUGGUGCUUGUUUUAUCAGCUAUGUGUGCAGGUGAGGGCAUCUUACCUCCAGGACCCCUGAGUGGAGCUGUGGCGGGCACAGUGAAGUUCACCACCACCCUCAGACCUCCUGCGAGUCCAUUCCUCUCGGUCAGCUGGAGCUUCAAAGGGGUCAACAUCAUCACCUCCACCAGCACUGACAUCAUCGAGCCCGGGCAUGCCAACAGGAUCACACUGGACCGAGCCACGGGGUCCCUGGAGCUCAGGAACCUGCUGCCCGAGGACAGCGGGGAGUACACCGUCACCAUCAUACCAGACGGAGGGCUGCAGAAACAGGGGAGGACCAGACUGGAUGUGUAUGCACUAAUAACCGGAGCCACCAUCCGCAGCCCUGCGGCCAUCUUGAUAGAAGACAGAAGCUCCACCAACCUGAGCUGCGAGGCCUCCGGCUCCAUCAGCACCAGAGUGUGGACGAAGGAUGGCCGGCCGCUUUAUCCGAAUGACAGAGUCAGCUUCUCCAUGGACAACAGGACGGUCUUCAUGCACCCUGUUCACAGCUCCAACCACGGCACCUACCAGUGUCGACUCAGCAACCCAGUCAGCACCAUGACCGCGACCCACGAUCUCACUGUCAACUUUGGACCACAUAACAUAUCAAUUACUGGACCGUCAGCAGCAGCACCCGGCCGCAGAGUCACCCUGCAGUGCACAGCGGACUCUGUCCCUCCAGCAAACUUCAGCUGGAUGUUCAACAGCAAUGAGACACAUGUUAACACCUCCAUGUUUGUCAUAGAGAGGCUGGGGACAGAGAGCAUUGGCAAUUACACCUGCACUGCCAGAAACAUGGUGACCAUGCUGGAAAACUCCACAGUUCUGAAUCUGAGAGUCGUUUUGAGUCUCUUCCGGUUCCUUAAAUUUGUUGACCUAAAGCGACUAAAGCAAGUCAAAACAAUGAAACCUUGCAGCAAGUCACCUCUCAUACUGCUGGAGCUGAUUUACAUCACAUUACUCCCAGUUCUUGAGGCACAAGAAGUCAAAGUCUCGUCCACAGUGACGGGAUACCUGGGGCAUGAUGUCACCCUGCCAUGCACAUUCAUCCCGGGACCAAAAGACGCUAGUAUUACCCAGGUUCAGUGGGAGCUCAAUCCACCGGAAGGAGAGAAAAUCAUCCUUAUCGUUUUCAAUCUUAACUUUGGAACCAGUGUUCACAAUACGUCUCUGAAGGACAGAGUGAAGCUUGAAGAACAAUCUUUGAUCAUCAGAGAUGUAGAAAUGAGUGAUGCAGAGCUGUACACCUGCAGCAUUACAACUUUUCCCAGUGGUUCAUUUGAAGGAACCACCAACCUUGUUGUUAAAGAACAGAUGCAGUUAUCAUCAGGGGCGGUUUCUGGUAUUGUGAUUGCUGUCCUGUUGCUGUUAGUGGUCGUGGCAGCCGCACUUUACCUCCGCUUCAUCAAAAGACGUGAUCCUACGGUCAGACACCGCGUCUACAUCGAUACAAGUCCAACGAUGGAUGUGGCCAGGCCAUCUGUUCUUCGACGAGACGAGGAUGUGGUCUACUCUGACGUCAAGCUCAAAUCAUCCAGAGAAGCUAAACCUCCACCCAGUGAAAAACACACAGCGGAUGAUGUCACGUACUCUGAGGUUGUAGUUUUGCGCCAGGAGCAUAAAUGAGAUGAAAUGUAAGCUAAAAUGAUGAUGACGUUUUCUUCCUUGUACAACUUGCACUCUUCAGCUGCUGUAUGAAAGUUUCAUUUACCAUCAUUUUGGUAUCAUUUAGUGAAAUCAGCACAUCAGCUGCUUCUAAAAUAAAACCUAACCUCUGUGGCUCCUCCAGGCCGUCUAUCCUGCUCUCAUAAAGGGUUUUCUCCAUGGGCCCAUGUUUCCAUUACAGCCUCACAGCAGCUGAUAAAAUACAGUAUAAAAGGAAAUUUAAUAAUUUAAUAUAUCGUGUUAAGAGUCUGCAACCAGCCCAGUGGCUCUGUAAGGCUGUUCUUCAGGUAAAUGCUCACGUUAACACGCAAACAUGCUUAAAGUGACGUUGCUACGAUGCUGGUGUUUAGCCAUAGAUGUGUAACAACAACUAGAUGACCCCACGAUGGCACCUAGUCAGUCCAGUGGGACUGCUCGCCUGGCACAUACGCCAAAAAAGUUUCUAGCCAUACAGGAUUACCUAAGGAUAUAUGUGCAGUAGUGUUUCUCCCACUGGACCCAGCCGCAAGUUCCUGAUCAGCUCAAAGACUUUUCACUGUGAUGACGUCACAGAUUUUUAACUCGCUUUUCUCAGCUUAGGAAAGAUUUACAAAGGGAAAACCUCCACGGAUCAAAAGUUCAUAAAAGAAAGUGCCAUUAAUAACCUUGUUUUCAGUUCGAGGUGUCCUGUCAACAUUUAACAGAUGUCUCUUUUCCACGGGGAAAAUGCUUUUUGGGCGCUGUGGGAUUUUUUCACUAUGAGUAGACACACAGAAACAUUGGAAGCAAGGCUGAGCUGCUCUCCUGGGGGCCUGUGUUUUGCAGGUAUAAUGUUUACAAUCCCCAUCAUGUCAAAAUGUAAAUGGCCCUAUCUAAAGCUAGUAUCCAAUUUGUCCUUUCUGGGCUACUGUAGGACAACAUAGUGGACUCUGUGGAAGAGGAUGUGCUCAGCAUCGAGAUAUAUCUAGGUUUAUUCUAAGGUAACAUAAAGAGAGCGAUUCUUAGUUUCAGGUGAUUAUACACUAAUGAAGACAUAGCUAUGACUAAUAUAUUUAAUUUCUGCCAAUAUAUCCCCCUAUAUCCUACACACUGGACCUUUAAGCAUAUCAACUGCAAAAUAUAAAUGUGUGUUUAUUUGACCAGUUUAAAAGUUUUAUCACAUUUUGUUCCUGAAAGCCACGCUGAAUCCACGCCUCCGCUGGGAUCUGUAUAAUCCUGUUUUUCUUUAAAUCAAAGGUACGCCAAUCCUAGUAAAAAGUUUUGAAUAACACUUACUGAAGGUUUGAUCCAGAUCAAAACCAAGACUGGAUUACAUGAUCUAAUCUGAUUUCAGAGCCCUUUUUCCUUUUGAGCAACUCACUUUCAAGAUUUUAUCCAAUCCUUGAGCCCAGUGGUUCCCAACUGGUGGGUCGUAUGUCCAUUCUGAACGGACCGCAAGUGACUCACAGAGCUUUGAUUUUGAUGUGCCGUUUCCCACUGUCGAGUGAGGGACUAAUGGACAGCUACUGAAAAGAGACAGCAAACUAGCUCAACGACAUGGCCAAACGCACCUGCAGACGCCCUCAUCUAAUUUGUUUUAAUUGUGAUCCUUGACAUCAGUGGAAGGAAGUACUUGAUAACUUAAUUACUUAAAGUUUUUAACACUUUCUAACGGUUUGAUCCAGAUCAAAACCUCGACUGGAUUACGUGAUCUAAUCUGAUUUCACAAUCCUUUUUCCUUUUGAGCAACUCACUUUCAAGAUUUGAGCCAAUCCUUUAGCCCAGUGGUUCCCAACUGGUGGGUCGCGCUCCAAAAGUAGGUCACGGGUCCAUUCUGAAUGGAUCGCAAUUAGUCUGAGUGGGCGGAAGUUCGCUGCAUAGAUCAGCCUCUCAUUGGGCGGAACGAGCCACCCGCUGAAGUCCCGCCCUACCACCUCCGGUUGUGUAGCAGUUUUCAACCGUUUAACACUAACUUUUGCGGUGUUUGAUCUUGCGGCGAUGUAGCCAUUUUUCUGCCAUGGUUCGCGUCCUGUAGGCGAUAUUUUUGUGGGCGUGUUACACCCACCAAAACCUGUUUCCCCCCGGCAAUAUUUUUGCAAGCGCACCGUUGCUGUGGCACCGUCCAGAAUAAUUGUGAUUGGUUGAAAGAAAUACAAGCAGCCGGGGCGUUUUUUCCUCCAAUCUCAAAAGUGAGAGUUAGCCCAGCCAGACCUUUCUUUUCUUGAGAAAGGUCUGGUGAGCAAGACUAGAUCGCAAUUGACUCGCAAAUGUGUCAAGUUUGAAAAAACACAUUUCAUUUAAAGUACAGUGGAUUGUCAGCACAGCGCUUUUAUUUUGAAGUGCUGUUUCCUGCUGUGGAGUGAGUGACUAACGGACAGCCACUGGACAAAGACCGCAAACUAGCUGGACGACAUGGCCAAACGCAAGUAUGAUGCUGAAUAUAUUAAACUGUGUGGACCUUGAACUAAUGACUAAGGAGAAAUCUGGACCCCAUGGCUGGACCAGUUGGGAACCACUGCUUUAGCCAAAAUCCAGUCAUAUUAAACAGUGUGACCCUAAGGACCAUGAUUGUCUAAAAUGACAUCACAGUCUAUCCAGUAGCUGCUGAAAUAUCUCAGUCUGGACCAAAGCAGUGCAGCUAGCAUAGCUUAACAGGGCAACGCAGCGACAUGUGGACACGUUUGGCAUCAUUUGCUUUUAAAUAUUACAGGUAUUACAAGCAGAAGCAGCCACAGUGAGCUGUUUACACCUCCAACACGUCUCUUAACUCACCAUGCUGUGCAGUGGAAAAACCCUCUCACCGUGCCAACAUGACCGCGUCAUUACAGCACAUCACAUAACAUAAAGUUCCUAUUCCUCCUUUGUUGACCAUUAAAGGAGGAAGACAAAAACAGGAAGACAAAAAUUUAAAAUGACACAAUGGACAGGGAACCAGCUCAGCAAUGCAACAGAGUGUGUUAAUGACGGCGUGUUGAAAAGUGACACCAAACUUGCGCAAUCUCUGCAGUAAAAUUCUCUCUCUAGACUUCAAUUUUUUGUGAUUCAGCUAAAUUGGACAUCAUGUUAAGAGAAGUGAUGUAUACCUCGUGCCUUAACCAAGCGUUUGCAUGUGAGCCUUUUUUCAGCGUUUAAGGGUUUAUGAGUCAGAGAGGAAGGCCACUCUUUCAAACGCUCACUUGUUCUGAGCCUUUUUGCUAACAGUAACAGCAAUAAAUGCAUACUAUAAUAGAGCACUCUACGUAUUCUGUUAGCACUGAUACAGAUAGCAGUUGUAGUAGUAUUUCACCACACCCAGUACUGUGUCUGCGGAGGGUUUGAAUCUCAAGAUCCUGUUCCUAGAUGUUGCAGUCUGAUCGUGCAUGUGUAAAAAGGUGAUAAAAUAUGGUUUGCAGAGAUGCCGUGAUGAUGCACGCCAUCACUGAACAUCACCAACACUCACUGUUAGUUUCUGCUUUUCAGCUACGUUUCCUGACUGUGUCACUUUGUGGGUGUGAGAUUAUGUCUGCUAUACGCUUUGUGUCGCCAGAAUAAAAUGUUUAUUUGUUGUUGUUGCUGUGUUAAGAUAUUAACUUUAGGGCUAAUUUAAUUUCCUGUGUUCCAUUAAGUUUAUAUUUAAAAUCAGUGCUUGGAGCUGUGAUUACAAUCAGUGUAAUGCAUUUGAGAUGUUUAAUUCCUGUUGAAUCAUGCAGACGAGCUGGCAGACAGCUGACGGAGCACGGUUCUGUAAAUUGUCCCCACAUUUGUUUUAAAACAGGACUUUCUGUCAGUGGAAACUGUUAAAUAAAGUUCUAUAUUUUCACAGACAUAA